AUGCACUGCUUUUUGAGCAUCCCCUGCCAUUCGCGAGCUUUUCCGAAGACACAGCAUGACCAAUCUCAAGGCAGUGCCCGUUUUCUUCCUCCGGGUUUCUCAGUGGUCCCUGAGAUACAGCUGCUCAGCGCUGCUGCCUUCCUUCUGGUUUACCCGGCCGCGUUUCUGGGGAACAUCUCCAUCGUCGCCGCCGUGACGCUGGACGCCCGCCUGCACACGCCCAUGUACUCCUUCCUCAAACACCUCUCCUUGGUGGAUAUCUGCUCCGUGUCCACCACCCUGCCCCGGGCCCUGGUGGCCACCCUGCUGGGCUCGGGGCAGAUUUCCCUCCAUGCCCCCAACGUGAUUGACCACUUCUGUGACAUCCCGCCACUCAUGCGCCUAGCCUGUGCCAACACAGGUGUCCAUGACACUGCGGGAUUUGCAGCCAGCGGUUGCGUCAUCAUCAGCUGCUUUAGCCUCACUGUCCUGUCCUGUGUGCGCAUCUUGGCCAUGGUGGUUCAGAUCUGCUCAGCAGCCAGCCCCUGGAAGGCCUUCUCCAGGUGUUCCUCCCACCUGGCCACCGUCCUCCUGUUUUACGGCACUGGCAGCUCUGCCUACAUGCAGCCCACCGCGCGAUAUUCCCCUCAGCAAGGGCGCCUAGCUGCCGUCUUCUACUGCAUCCUCAUGCCCACCCUAAAUCCGCUUAUCUACAGCCUGAAGAACAAGGACAUGAAGGGAUCCCUGCGGAAGCUGUAUCUUCAGGUGCCACCUUAA